UGUGCGAGAGGAUACAAGAGCCAACUUGUGCUCCCACCUCAUCCGACGCGUGUAUUAUGCAGAGACACAUGUAGGGCAGUAGUGUUUCCGUAAUGCCCCUCCAAGCAAGAGAGCGAAAGGGGUGGGCAGGGGAUUGCAUGACAUGCCAAUAAGUUACGGUGUCUCCAGUGGAGGAUCCGACCGCUCAAGUUGACAGCUGCACCCUCUGGUUCUCGGUCGAGUGGGUCUUGAGUGGGUCUUGAGUAAAUGAAAACUCGAAAGCAACAGGAGGUAGAGUAUGUGAUGCUGGAGCAGCAAUGUCACAGCUGUAUUACAAGAAAACUGAAAACUCCUCAUACAGGGACCGCAUCGCUCUGCGGAUCGUGCGAGCUGAGUCUGAGCUCUCGGCCCUGGAAAAGGCCUACCUGGGGGCUGUUGAGAAGGGGGACUAUGCCAGUGUGAAACAAGCCCUAGAGGAGGCUGAGAUCUACUUCAGGAUCAACAUCAACUGCAUCGACCCCCUGGGCCGCACAGCUCUGCUCAUUGCCAUUGAAAAUGAGAACCUUGAGAUCAUUGAGCUGCUGCUCAGCUACAAUGUAUAUGUGGGAGAUGCCCUGCUCCAUGCCAUCCGCAAAGAAGUGGUGGGUGCUGUGGAGCUGCUUCUCAACCACAAGAAGCCACGUGGGGAAAAACAGGUCCCACCAAUUCUACUGGACAAACAGUUUUCAGACUUUACCCCAGACAUCACUCCAAUCAUCCUUGCGGCCCACACCAACAACUAUGAGAUCAUCAAACUGUUUGUUCAGAGAGGUGUUUCCAUACCUCAGCCACAUGCUGUGCGCUGCAACUGCUUGGAGUGUGUGUCCAGUUCAGACGUGGAUGGUCUACGUCACUCACGCUCUCGUAUAAACAUCUACAAGGCCCUUUCCAGCCCAUCUCUCAUCGCCCUCUCCAGCGAGGAUCCUUUCCUCACGGCUUUUCAACUCAGCUGGGAGCUGAAGGAGCUUAGCACAGUGGAGAACGAGUUUAAAUCAGAGUAUGAGGAGUUGUCCCAUAUGUGUAAACAAUUUGCCAAGGACCUCUUGGAUCAGACCCGAAGCUCUAGAGAGCUGGAAAUAAUCCUUAACUAUCGUGAUGACAUUAACCCUCUGAUAGAUGAGAACACUAAUGACCUGGCCCGCCUGAAGCUGGCUAUCAAAUACUGCCAAAAAGAGUUUGUUGCUCAGCCCAACUGUCAGCAGCUGCUGGCGUCUCGGUGGUAUGAUGAGUUCCCAGGCUGGAGGAGGCGUCACUGGGCAGGAAAACUCAUCACAUGUAUCUUCAUUGGUCUCCUCUUCCCACUGUUAUCCAUCUUCUACCUGAUCUCUCCAAAGAGCCGCUAUGGUUUAUUCAUCCGUAAGCCCUUCAUCAAGUUCAUCUGUCACACUGCUUCCUACCUGACCUUCCUCUUCCUGCUCCUCUUGGCCUCACAGCAUAUAGCCACCACAACUGCGAACUAUCAAGGCCCAGCUCCCACCACUGUGGAAUGGAUGAUCCUGCCCUGGGUGCUUGGCUUUAUAUGGACUGAGAUCAAACAGAUGUGGGACAGUGGUUUUGAAGACUACAUAGAUGACUGGUGGAACUUAAUGGACUUCAUUAUGAACUCAUUGUAUCUUGCAACCAUUUCUCUGAAGAUUGUUGCCUAUGCAAAGUACAGUGGGCAGAAACCCAGAGACAGCUGGGAAAUGUGGCAUCCAACUUUGGUUGCAGAGGCACUGUUUGCCAUCGCCAACAUCUUCAGCUCCUUACGCCUCAUCUGCCUUUUCACUGCCAACUCCCAUCUGGGCCCCUUACAAAUCUCACUGGGACGCAUGCUCUUGGACAUCCUCAAGUUUCUCUUUAUCUAUUGUUUAGUGUUAUUAGCCUUUGCCAAUGGCCUCAACCAGCUCUACUUUUAUUAUGAAACAAAGGAGGACUGCAAGGGUAUUCGCUGCAGUGUGCAAAACAACGCCUUCUCAACGCUGUUCGAGACACUGCAAUCAUUAUUUUGGUCUGUAUUUGGCCUGAUUUCCCUCUAUGUGACCAAUGUGAAACCAAAACAUGAAUUCACUGAGUUUGUGGGCACUACCAUGUUUGGCACAUACAAUGUCAUCUCCCUGGUAGUGCUUCUGAAUAUGCUCAUUGCGAUGAUGAACAACUCCUACCAGCACAUUGCUGAUCAUGCAGAUAUUGAAUGGAAAUUUGCAAGAACAAAAUUAUGGAUGAGCUAUUUUGAAGAAGGAGGAACUUUGCCAUCUCCAUUCAAUAUAAUACCCAGUCCAAAGUCAGUUUAUUAUCUAUUCGGAUGGAUAAAAACACAUUUACUGAUGAGAACAAACAUAAAAAAGCUUGAAACCUUUGAAACCUUGGGGAGACGUGCAGCCGAAAAUGUAAGAUUAAACCAUGAGUAUCAGGAGGUUUUGAGGAACCUUGUGAAGCGGUAUGUGGCCGCAAUGAUCAGAGAUGCCAAGACAGAGGAAGGGCUGACAGAGGAGAAUUUCAAGGAGUUAAAGCAGGAUAUCUCCAGCUUCCGCUAUGAAGUCCUGGGAAUGAUGAGGGGUAAACCUCAAGGUGGGGUCACAGGUAACGUGGCAAGCUCCACCUUGGCUUAUCCUGGAAACUCGUUCAGAUAUUUUCCCAAAUUCCCAACUGAUGAUCCUCAACAGAAGCUGAAUGUGUUUGAUAUGCCCACCCCCACCCUGCAGAGUGGAGCUGCCACCACUAGCUCUGUGGGCUCUAACAGACAAGCCAAUAGCUCAUUUGUUGCGUCCUGCAGAGAAGAGACUCAGAAUGAGCUUUCCAACAAUGUCUCAGAUGUUGGGUCCCUUCAGAGACAGAACAGACCCCCCCUUCAGAAAUGUGAUGAAACAUUUUCGCUGUCAAAGGAAGACACAUUGGGAACUGGUGGACAAAACCAAGAACAACAAAAGACUAAGAAAGUAAUCGUGGAAGUCUUACAGAAAAUGGAGGAGGACAUUCAGAAGACUGAACAUUCUUGCAAAGAACACAUUAAGAAAGUGCAAAAUGGGCCAAAAAAAUAUAAAAAUUGAUUGUGAUUGCAAGUGAAAGAUGUUAAUCAUGUUUUAAAACAUUUGUGGAUUGAAUUUAAUUCAGAAUCAAUUCAGAGUCAGAAUCAAAAUAACAAAAUUCUCUCACAGUAAAAACUUACACUAUACAUAAAGUUUAAAUAAUCUUGUAUUCUGUAAUAUAACGAAAGGUAUAAUAAUGUCAUGUUAUCUCACAUUAUAUUACAUGCAUUGACCUAUGAUUGAUAGAAGAUAUACAACAAUACUGAGUGGGAACUGACCUCAGUAAGUGCUAACUUGAUGCUCAGGGAAAUGUGAAACAAGUUAGUCAUGCAUAUUUUACCUUGAGCAUUUAAUUCCAAAGAGCCCUGACACCCUGCUGCCUAUGCUAUCCGCUUCCACCCUGAACUGUCCUCUUACUGUGAUAUGCAAAAGUAUCCAAAAUAUCUGUCUGAAAAAAUAUAUUACUUCUCAUAUGCUGACAGUAUAUCCAGUCAUUUUUGCUGAAUACAAAUCAAGAAAAUUAACACAGAGUAAAAACAAGUUUAGUUGUUGGACAAAUUAUCCCACUGAUUAGCAGGCAAUGUAGUAGCUAGCCAAUUCAAAGAUAUGGGUCAGCUUCUGUGUCACUGCCAUUGCCUCCCUGACCGUUAUAGUAUGAGAGGAAAUGCUGUACUCACAAUUGUGUUGUUGGAGCAGAGGAUGCACACCAUGUAAUCCAGUUGAGAUUUGUUGCACUUAUUACUUACUAUUAUUACUAAACUAGCUACAUCAUAUACUAUACCUUGCUUACUGUGCAAUUUUAUUGCUUGUACUGUAAUGCAAAGAAAUUGUUCUGAAAUUAAAUAAAAGAG